AUGGUAAGUAGUAAACAUAGACAUAGUAAGGAUAAAUUAUAUUUAUUACCAAGUGAAUUGGCUCUAACUCAGGCUCCUGUAAGGAGUAACAGGCCUUCUGAGUUAGUUCCUUUAGAUUCUUGUUUUUUAACUUUAAAUCCUUUUUCUAAUCCUUUUUGUACUAUAAAUGGUCAUAUAUUUGAUUAUGAUAAAAUUAAAGAAUUUAUUACUUUGUACGGGAAAAAUCCUAUCAACUCUUUACCUUUAAGUUUAGAUGAUUUAUUUCCUCUACACUUUACUAAAGAUGAAAAUGGCUUUUUUCAAUGUCCUUUAUCUCUAAAAAGGUUCACUUCUAAUUCACAUAUUGUCACUGUUAAACCUUCUGGUUAUGUUUAUUCUUAUAAUACACUUAAAGAAGUUGCUAAAAAAGAAAUUGAUGGUUUUAUGCAUGAUCCAAUUACAGGAGUAAAAUUUGGUAAGAAUGACAUAAUUACAAUUCAAGAUCCUCAUAAUACUAAUCUAAGAACUAUUUCCACUUUUAAACAUAUAAACUCAUAUUUUAAACCUAAAUCUACUACUCAGAGUACUGAGACUAAUACUAAGACUACCAACACUAAAUCUACCCAGUCCCUAACUACUGAUAAUACUACUCAGUCUGUAACUACUGAAUCUACUGAGACUAAACAUGGAUUAUUGGAAGAACAUUUAAAAAUAUUUAAAAAUGAUAAAUCUACAGAUAUAAAUAGGCCAAAACAUGAGUUAUUCACUACUGGGAGUCAGGCUGCUAGUUUCACUUCCACAGCUACUACUCCCAGCUAUAAAGUUGAAUACCGUGACAAAACUGUAUUUGAAGUCAGAUUACCCUUGUAUGACUAUGUUAAAAAGAAUAAACAAAAGGCAUAUGUAAAGCUCGUUACAACUGAUGGUGAUCUUAAUCUUCUUCUCCAUACUGAUCGUGUUCCAGUAACUUGUGACAGUUUCCUCCAGCACUGUGAGGAUAAAUAUUAUGAUGGCUGUGAGUUUUUUAGGUGUGUCAGUGACUUUAUGAUCCAAACUGGUGACCCAACUAAUACAGGACUCGGUGGUGAGAGUGCAUUUUACACCCGAGCUAAGCGAGCUAAUUUGGCUGAAAAGGUUCCAAAAUAUUUGAGAGACGAGUUUGAUAAUACUUUAUAUCACGUUGGUACUGGUGUAUUAUCAAUGGCUAAUAAGGGGAAACACACCAACGGAUCUCAAUUCUUUAUUACCUUCACCACAUGCAGUCAUUUGGAUAAUGUACAUACUGUUUUUGGUAAAGUUGUUGGAGGCUUAGAAGUUUUGAGAAAGUGGAACUAUCUUAAAGUGGACGAUGAAGAAAGACCUUUAAACCCACCAAAGAUUUUACAAACUAUUAUUUAUUCUAAUCCAUUUGAAGAUGCCAAGGUUAAUAUAAGCAAAGAGUUGGAAGAGAAGAAAUUACAAGAGAAAAAACGAGUUUUAAAUUCCAAUACUAAAUGGUUACUAAAUCCUCAAGAUAAUACUAAUAAAAAAUAUAAAUCCAAUAAAAUUGGAUAUCUAAUUAAUAAAUAA